AUGGACAUCUCCCGAGUGAUCAAGCCCUGGAAACUCAACCCUCAACGAACCUUGGUCUUUGUGAACGCGACCAUUGUUGACCCAGCCGAGGAUAGAUUAAUCCAGAAUGCUACUGUCCGAAUCUCAGAAGGCAAAAUCAUUCAGAUCGUCACAGACGGCUCAACUACAACCACAGAUGACCUCCCCGAAGAAAACGUGAUCGACCUGACAGGAAAAUACCUCUGUCCCGGUCUGAUCGAUUGUCAUGUCCACAUCGCAGUAGUCCCCGGCGAAGCUGAUCUACGAUCCUACAAAGACAUGACCGAACGAAUAAGUCUCCUGCGCCAACCAUACGUGCUUAAAUCCAUGCUAGACCGCGGCUUCACCUCAAUCCGAGACUGUGGCGGCGCAAGCCUCGCAAUCAAAGAAGCCGUCGAGGAAGGUGUCAUCCCAGGCCCUCGUCUCUUCAUCGCCGGGUACGCACUCUCGCAAACCGGUGGACACGGCGACCUGCGAGGAUCCCACGACACCAAACUCUGCUGCGGUGGGUUUAUCUCUGGAAUUAGCAGAAUCGUCGAUAGCCCAGCGGAGUGCUAUAAGUAUGCGCGCGAGGAACUGCGCCAGGGAGCAGACUUCAUCAAGAUUAUGGGCGGUGGCGGUGUUGCCAGUCCCACAGACCGAAUUGAACAUGUGCAGUUCUCCGACGAGGAGAUUAGGGCUAUUGUCACUGUUGCGCGGAACGCGGGUACAUAUGUCACGAGUCAUAGCUACACGCCGCGGGCGAUUCAGCAGGCUAUCAAGCUCGGGGUAAGGGGUAUUGAGCAUGGGAAUCUUAUUGAUCUUGAGACGGCGGAGAUGAUGGCUGAGAUGGAUGUUUUCUUGACUCCGACGCUUAUGACGCAUGUCAUGUCUAAGCAGAUGAAUUUCCUGCCUGCUGAUGGGGCUGCUAAGAAUGAGGAGGUUCUUGAGAAGGGAUUGAAGGCGAUUAAGAUGGCUGUUGAUGCGGGUGUUACUGUUUGUUUUGGGACUGAUCUUCUUGGUCCGAUGCAUUUUGCUCAGAGUAAGGAGUUCUCGGUGCGGAGUUCAGUUUUGACUCCGUUGCAGAUUCUACGUAGCGCUACUGUCAAUGCUGCUCGUCUUGUUAUGCAGGAGGAUAGGCUGGGUCAGGUUCGGGAGGGAUUUGUGGCGGAUCUUUCGAUAUUGGAGGGGAAUCCGUUGGAGGAUAUUACCAUUCUAGAUCGAGUGGAGGAGAACGUUCUAGCUGUGAUUAAGGAUGGGAGGGUUGCCACUUCGCGAUGGGACAAGGUUAAGGUAGAUAUCUGA